AUGUCUGAAGGCGAACACGUUAUUCUAAGUCAUCAGGUCCGCCAUCAAGUAGCCCUUCCUCCAAACUAUCAAUACACGCCAAUUUCUCUACACGUUCCACCUUCAAAACCGGCAAAAACAUAUCCUUUUGAGCUAGAUCCUUUCCAAAAAGUUGCGAUCGCAUCGAUAGAACGAUCAGA